AUGGAUGCAAACAGCAGUCUCUUUCGCCUUGUACACCUUCAAAAUCUUGAUCUUUCUGAUAAUGACUUCAAUUACUCUCAAAUCCCGUCCAAAAUAGGUGAGCUUUCAAAUAGCAUAUUUUCUGGAGAAGUUCCACCACAAGUUUCACAGUUGUCGAAGUUGUUGUGUCUUGAUCUAGGCUCGAAUCCUAAAACAAGUCCUAAAGUUAGGGAAGUCAAUCCAUUGAAACUCAAAUUGUCUAGUCUCAAAAGCAUAAUUCAAAACUCAACAAAACUUGAGAUACUUCUACUUAGUUACGUGACUAUUUCAUCUACUUUACCGGACACACUCACAAAUCUAACUUCGUUGAAAGCAAUAUCUCUUUACAAUUCUGAAUUGUAUGGUGAAUUUCCAAUUGGAGUGUUUCAUCUUCCAAACUUAGAACUUCUGAAUUUGAGAUAUAAUCCAAAUCUCAAUAGUAGGUUGCCUGAGGAUACAGGUCUUUAUGGUACACUGCCAGUAUCCAUUAGAAAGCUUAGUUCUUUACUUAUCCUAUCAAUUCGAAAUCGCCAUUUUUUUGGGUAUAUUCCUUCGCUUGGAAACCUGACACAACUCAUGUCUAUAAGCCUUCAAAAUAACAAAUUUAGGGACGACCCGUCUGCUUCCUUGGCAAAUAUAACCAAACUAAGUCACUUGGUUAUUGGUUCCAAUGAAUUUACUAUUGAGACCAUCUCGUGGAUAGGAAAGCUCUCAUCAUUAAUUGCUUUCGAUAUAUCCUCAGUCAAUAUUAAGGGUGAAAUUCCAUUAUCUUUUUCAAAUCUCACCCAACUAGAAGUAAUAGAUGCAUCAAAUAGCAAUAUAAAGGGUGAAAUUCCAUCAUGGAUAAUAAACAUAACAAAUUUAGCUGUUUUGAACCUACGCUCUAAUUUUUUUCAUGGAAACCUAGAACUUGAGACGUUUCUGAAGCUCAAAAAUCUAGUUGUACUUGAUUUAUCAGUCAACAAACUGUCCUUGAUUGUGGGGAAAAGUACGUCUAAUGUACUGAUUCUCGAAUGUGCAUGUUAAGUUUGGACUCAUGCAACCUUGUUGAGAUUUCAAUGUUUUUUAGAGAUCUCAGCGAUCUGGAAUUUGUUAAGUUGAAGGACAAUAAUAUAGCAUCACUACCCAAUUGGUUGUAGAAAAAAGCAAAUCUACAAGGCUUGGACGUUUCCUACAAUUCAUUGACAGGAACAAUUCAUUGACACUAGGUGCUCUGGAA